CAUAAUUAUAUUAUAAAUUAUAUUAUAAGCAUAGUAAUAAAUUAUAUAGGAGAAGGAUCUAAACCAAUAUUCGACAGAGAAGAAAUAAAAAAAGCUACUAAGAUUAAUGAAAUAGAAGAGCGACAUACGGCUGCUAUAGAUGGAGAGCAGCAGUCAGAUUCAACCGAUAAAUCGCAAACUUCUUCAUUAUUGUCAUCUAUAUUGUAUGAUUCUGAAUAUCUAUCUUUCGACCAGUUUUCACCUAAGUCGCAUACCAGAUCACUUAUGGAAGAAAAUCUUACCGCGACAGAUAUCGUGAUAGAUCGAGUGAACAUUCUCGUAAAAGAAAAGACAGAAAUAGAGAUAGUGACAGAUCCAGAAAACGAAGAAGAGAUAAAGAUAGAGAUAGAGACAAAUCCAGAGAACGAAGAAGAGACAGAGAUAGAGAUAGAGACAAAUCCAGAGAACGAAGAAGAGACAGAGAUAGAGAUAGAGACAGAUCUAGAGAACGAAAAGAUAUUGCACCGCAUUAUGUCGAGCCACCAAUACACGUGCCAGACAGAGAUAGAGAUAGAGACAAAUCCAAAGAACGAAAAGAUGUUGCACCGCAUUAUGUCGAGUCACCAAUACACGUGCCUAAAUCUUCCUCCAAGUCCAAUUGUAGUAAGCCCUAUGGUCCCAUUUAGAGGACAAGUCCCUCUAUGGCAAGAGGGCCGACAUUCUGCUCUAAUGGCACCGGUUAGACCAUUCCCUCCAUGGUUUAUUCCUCCGGAUAUGUACAGAUUGCGACCUCCACCACCAAACCCAAGAUAUGGACCGUUUUAAAAAUCUUUAUAGUCUUUAUACUUAUUAUUUUUUGUAACUUUAUAUGUUGAAUAAUAUGGAAUUGUGGUGAAAAAAGAUAUCACAAAUUAUUCAGCUAAUCGUAUUAAUUUCAAGAUUAUAAAAGUGGGCGAACAAAGAACAAGAAAAUCUUUACAAAUUUUAAAGGUCAUAGUUAGUUAUUGGAUAUAAUUAAAGCGAUUUAUUAAAUUCCAAUCAAAUUAUUUUCUAUUAAUAUUAAGUAAUACAAGAAAUUUAAGAAUGGAUAUUUUCAAACAGCUUACACAUCAUAAAAAAGUUAUUUUUAUAUUUUGAUGUUUGAUAUUUUGACAACUCUAUAUGUUGAAUAAUAUGGAUAGUUUAUAUUUUGACGUUAUAUUUUGACAACUCUAUAUGUUGAAUAAUAUGGAAUUGUGGUGAAAAGAAAUAUCACAAAUUAUUCAACUAAUCGUAAUAAUUUCAAGAUUGAAAACUGGGAAAACAAGAAGCAAGAAACACAUAGAAGAUCUUUACAUUGUUACAAAGUUCUACCA